UGACAUCUUAGCUGUCAAGCACACACACAGGCACACACACACACACGCACACACAACACAGAGCGAGAGAGAGACACAGCUAUGCCCGCCAUGUUGCCGGGCAGCGCAAAUGUGUCUAGCAUGGGCGCAACCAUGCCCCUUUUGUCUGAUCUGCAACUGUUUCACAGUGAGAAAUUCCUUUUGAAUUUAACCCAAGUGCUGAACAUAUCAGCGGACAAUCUGACGGAGCUGCUGCAGGGACUGGAGCCGCACGAUCUGCUGACGAACCAAAGCUCGCACACAAUGGCCACCCACAUGGGUCUCUUAGCCACGCUCAGCAUUGGCUAUGCGCUCAUCUUUAUUGCGGGCGUGCUGGGCAAUCUAAUCACCUGCAUUGUCAUCUCGCGGAACAAUUUCAUGCACACGGCCACCAAUUUCUAUCUAUUCAAUUUGGCCAUAUCGGAUCUCAUACUGCUGUGCUCGGGCAUGCCGCAGGACCUGUACAACCUCUGGCACCCAGACAGCUAUCCCUUCUCAGACGGCAUUUGCAUAUUGGAGAGCGUGCUGUCCGAGACGGCGGCCAAUGCCACCGUCCUGACCAUCACCUCGUUCACCGUGGAGCGCUACAUUGCCAUUUGCCAUCCGUUCAGGCAGCACACCAUGUCCAAGCUGUCGCGUGCCAUCAAGUUCAUCUUUGCCAUUUGGAUAGCCGCCCUGUUGCUCGCCCUGCCGCAGGCCAUUCAAUUCUCCGUGGUCACACAGAGUCCGGGCUCAUCAUGUACGAUGAAUAACGACUUUUUUGCACACGUCUUCGCCGUGUCCGGCUUUCUGUUCUUUGGCGGGCCGAUGACGGCCAUCUGUGUGCUGUACGUGCUCAUCGGGAUCAAGCUGAAGCGCAGCCGUCUGCUCCAGGCGCUGCCGCGUCGCAGCUACGAUGUUAAUCGCGGCAUCAGCGCCCAGACGCGCGUCAUCCGGAUGCUGGUGGCUGUGGCAGUUGCCUUCUUCAUCUGCUGGGCGCCCUUCCAUGCCCAGCGCCUGAUGGCCGUGUAUGGGUCCACCUUUGGCGUCGAGUCGCAGUGGUUCAACGACGUGUUCAACGUACUGAACUAUACAUCCGGCGUGCUCUACUUUCUCUCCACCUGCAUCAACCCGCUGCUGUACAACAUAAUGAGCCACAAGUUUCGCGAGGCAUUCAAGGUCACUCUGGCUCGUCAAUUUCGACUCUCGGGCAAGCAUCAGGGUCACGGCCUGCCGCACAAUUACAGCGCGCUGCGGCGCAAUCAAACGGGCUCGCUGCGUCUGCACACAGACAGCGUGCGCACAACCACAACGCUGACCACACUGAACGGCUGCAGCAGCAACGGGACUGCCGCUGGCGGCGCACGCAGCUCGCAGCGCCUGCAGCGAGGGUCGCUCAACAGUUCGCACGCCACAUUGCUGAGCACGCAGAGCCGCAGCAGACAGGACUUGUUUGCCGCCCGUGUGGCAGGAGGGGAAGGGGCAGCCGCAGCAGCGGCGGCGGCAGUGGGCGCAGCAGCCACUGCCGCAGCCAUGCAUCCACAUCCCCAUCGCACGCUGCAGACACAAAUCUCACAAUUGUCUUCGGUGGGCGAUGCCCACUCGCUGCUGGAGGCGGACCUGCAGUGGCCCGAGGAGCAUUACGAGCUGGCUGCCCGGCAUGGCAAGGGCUCGCAUUCGGCAAUGGGCGCCAUUGACGAGCUGAGCUGUCAAUCAAGUGCUGUGGGCGGGGCGGCUGCUGUGGGGCUGUCCCGGCCGCGUGUUAAGCUCACGCGCAUCACACGGCAGCCCCAGCUGCAGACAACUACCAGCGACUCAACACCAGCAGCAGCAGCAGCAGCAGCAACAACAAUAGCAGCGACGACGACGACGACAGCUGCUGCUGCUGUGGCCAAGUCAACGGGCAGUGGCAAAGUGCGCAAGGCGAAGGUUAAACGCUCGACUACACUCAAGGCUCUCAAAGCCAAAUUGAAUUGGCGUGGCAGGCAGAAGAAGAAGGAGGAGCAGGAGGAACAGCAGGCGGAGGAGGCUGGCGCCAGCAACCAUGUUGCUGAUGGCCAGACAAGUGCGGCAUCAACGCCAAGUGCCGUUUAUUAGUCAGCCAGUCAGGCAGUCAGUCCAUUCCAGAUAAAGGACAGGUACUCGUAACUGUGAUAAGAGCAGCAGCAGCAGCAGCAGCAGCAGCAGCAUGAAUACUACAGCAACUACAACAAACCUAAAUAAUUCCAAUUUGUGGCCAACUUAGAGCCAACUCAAUUCCUAGCAAAUACUUAGUCAUAUAAAUAUAUAUAUGUGUAUACUAUAUACUCGUUAUGUUUCUGAUCUGCUUGCAUGUGUCUCAAUUUCUCUUAAUAAAGCAGUCGCAUUUUAACUCACAUA